CCAAGCAGAUGUGGUGUGCUAGAAAUAGCUGCACUGCAAUGAAGUUCUCUUUUCGCAUUGGCUCUGUAUAACCUGCUCCAAUGGCCCUCCAGUGGUCUUCACAGGAUGGCUGCAAUCGUGCUCACUUCCUCCUCUCCACCUCGCGCCUUCGCCCGCUCUCCCUCUCCUGCUGAGUCCUCAUCUCCUCUACCUUCGCCAAGCGCUCUUUUCCGAGAUGAUGGCUUUAAGAGGUUCAAGUCCGCCGACAAGGCACGAGAUAGCUUCUCGAGCGGUUUCACCAGUGCACGAUCUCUUCUGGCUACAAAAGUUGGCGCGGAGAAUCUACCAUUGCGGUCUUCUCCCGGAAAAGACAAAUUUAAGCCACCAGCCUCUUCUCCUUCCCUGACAAAGAACGCUACUCCUCCCCGGUUGAGGUUCGUAGGAGAGAAAAAGAGCUCGCAGCAUGACAACACUGCAAAGUCUGUGGGGCUGAUGCGAAAGGCCCAGGCCCCUUUGCCCAAGCCAAAUGUCCAAGAGCUUAACAAUAUAUUCGACUUCCCUGAGGAUGACCAUGACGAGGAAGCCCUUGAUAUGGAAUUACCUGAGGCGAAAGGAGAUGUGAGCCCAUUGCCCUUGGAAAAGGCCAUACCCCGGCGAAUGGACUGGACUCCGACGAGGUCCAGUCCCACGGCUUUGACGGCCACUCAAGAUUCCGCAAUCCAGCCUACAAACUUCUCUAAAAGCCUCCAAACCUUCACCUUCCCUGGUGGGAAGGCCGAUGUUGGGCUUCAGAAUGUAGCCACGAAGGUCGAUGUCAAUGGCGAGGCGAUGAAGCGGAGACGCAUUGAGCUCGUUGCGACCAAUCAGCCACAUGGAGAACCUAUAUUACCACCACUUAAGGCAGAUCAGACCAAAGAUUCUGCAAAGGGUGGGAGCAGAAAGAGAAAGAAGUCUCCAGCCAAAAAGCCUCUAACGAUUACUGGAUUGGCUACCUCGCAUUAUGGCGAAGAGCAUCGGACAGGUCGAAAGCUAGCGCCUAUGAUGGAAUAUCUCGCUUCAACACAAGCCAAUGCUGGGCGGGAGCCAGAGACUGUCGUUGAGAUGCCUACUAACAAGGCAUCGAAAGCACUGGCAAAGAAACCUCGAACGGCCAAAAAGGCUGUCCAGAAGAGUCGAUUACAAUCUCCGAACUCUGUUAUGAAAACCGUUGAGAGCCAGGAGUUUCUCUUUGGUUCGGCAAGCCAACUGGCUCGGGAAGAGUCUCCUACACUGCUUCGAGACACCUUAGAGGCCAUCAAACAGUCGGAAGUUUGUCUGUCUUCCGACCCAAUAUCUCCACAGCGCACGCAGCCAUUCUCGAUAGAGUCCACCUCACCUCAAGCUCGUCAAGGCACAGUACGGUUUGUCAGAAAAAGAAAUCUGUGGAACGCUGCAGGACGUGAUGAAGACAACGCCCUCUUGCAUGUCGAAACCAUCAAUCUUGUUGAGUCUCCCGCAGUGCGCGAAGCUCUUGCGGGAAAGGAUGUGCUUGUACAACCAGGUGGACCCAUGCCCCCAGGUAUCGGUGGUAUUCAGCAAGAAUCUACCAGUUUUCAGAUGCAACAGACUCCCAUCAUCAACAGAGGCGGCACAUUGCUCGAUAUAGAUGAAAUUAUCACGCCCGGGUUACGAACUAGCGGCUCAUUGUGUUCACUUCCUCAGGCCAGGUCCUUCCAUACGUCGACAUCUGUGCAACAACCCCGAAGACAGACUCCGCCUGUGGAGGACGUCGCACCACCGCCAGCUAAUCCACCGCCAGCUAAUCCACCAAAGCCGAACCUGACCAAGGCAAAGACUGCACCUCCUAGACCAUCCUAUGCUGGAUUCUCGACCCAUGACUUACAAAAGCAGAUAUCAGCGUACGGAUUCAAGGCUGUCAAGAAUCGUGACAAGAUGAUAGAAUUGCUCAACCAGUGUUGGGAAGACAAACAUGGUCCUUCACCCGACCAUGACACCAACGAGGUGCCUGCCGAGACCCUGACACAUGGUGACUUCCUUAGCAAAGUCCACGAUAUUGCUGCGCGACCAGUUCCGAGGGUGAAGAAAACACGGAAACGAAAAUCGGAAGAUGCUGGAACCAAGACCCCUAAGGAGCCAAAGAAGCGAAAGAAAGCAUCACCAAAGGCCAAAGACCCUGCCGAGAAAGCAACGAAGGCUAAACCAUCUCGAAAGCCGAAGCAAACGACGAAAUCUUUGUCUGAAGAGUUCGUCAUGGACGUAGACGACAUUGACGAUUCGAACGCUAAGGCGAAUGUUCCCAGCAAACCACCAGAAGAUGCUCCUGAGCCUGCAGUAAAGAAGAAGAGGACCCCGAAGAAGAAAGCAAAAGCAAAGGAAGAGACGAAGAAACCAGCAACACCUCCACCGACACUGCCUUUGAUCAGUGUAUCUUCUCCGCCAGCUUUUGAGACCGUCGAAUCCAAGCCACCUGCUCAAGAACUGAUAGUAGCAGGAAGCGAGUCUUCUCGUCUGCAGGAUAUAGACGAUUCUCUGGCCGAUCCAGAUGUCACCCUCACGCCGAGCCAAACGCCACCUUUGCCCGAUAUCAACAUUCAAAUUGCUGCUGCUAUUGAGUUUGAGAGUAAGCUUCACUCGGCAGCUUCGACUGCAGACACGAGAAUUCAUGUCACCAACCCAACGUGGCACGAAAAGAUCUUGAUGUACGACCCAAUCGUGCUGGAAGAUUUGACGCGGUGGCUCAACACCGAGGGGUUCAAGGCGAUUAACGAAGAUCGAGAGGUCAACGCAAUUGUAGUCCGGACCUGGUGUGAGCAGAACGGCGUGUGUUGUUUGUGGAAAGGAGGGUGGAGAGGGAGAAGAAAGGGAGGCGAUGGGGAGGGAUGAUAUAUCUCGCAGAUCAAUUAGUGACGAUGAGGCAUUCUGGACUCGGGUUAUCGUCAAUCCCGCGUCUGUUCUGUCUUUCCUGUAGACUUUUGCAAGCGUUUAAGCCUGGUGCUUUUUGCGUUCUCGGGGAGACUCUGAUCCUUUGGUGUGGCCCCCUCGGCCUUAGAGAGGAUAUGGGAGACUGUAGGCGUUCUACUAUUGAUACGAAAUAUGAAGCAUGAGCAUGAAAACGAAGACG